AUGACCCCAGGAUAUCCAAAGUGGCAGCCCUAUCGCUCUAACCCACGCGUUCUGUCUGAUCUGAAAUUCGUAACUCACACUGUUGGCAAAUGGCAACCCAGUCUUUCUUUCGGCAAGCCCCGCCGGGACCAUGGAGAGAUUACGGCAUCGAUUGCUGGCGAUUCCCCUGCAUGCUCUCAUCAGUCAGCUUCUGACCCCCAAAUUCAAAUGUACGCACAGAUACUCGGCAACUACAUCACUUCACGAUCUCAGAGAGCACCCUACUUCGCGUAUCACCAUGAGCUCUACACGUAA